AAUUAUUAAGACGUUACUUUACCAAAGCUACCUCUAGUCAACAAUUGUUGACUAGUUGUCGAUUGUGGUCUGAGUUCGCGGUUUCAGUGAAAGAUCCCCGCUCUGUUGGACCUCUGAUUCUGAUUCCAUGUUAGGGUUUUAAGGGAUCCAAUUCCAGCUUCCUCUUUCCCAUGGAAUUGAAAAAGGGCAAGCUUGCCAGGUUCUACACGGAUGGUAAAAAGCAUAAGCAAUCGUUUUGGGGAGCAAGAGCAACUGAGCCUCCAGCACUUAAACCUAGCAAUUUGCUACCACUAGGGAAAAAUAGAAUUGCUGAAACAUUUAGAAUUGGAGGAUCGAAGGUGUUCCCGGAGGACCAUGAGCCGUGGCGUAAAAGAAUACUUGACCCGGGUAGCGAUAUUGUGUUGAAAUGGAACCGGGUCUUCAUAGUUUCAUGCCUGGUGGCUCUUUUUGUUGAUCCAUUGUACUUUUAUUUGCCUAGUGUAAUAGAAAACACAGGGUCUACAUGUGUAAGGACAGACCUAACACUGCGCAUUGUCGUGACCUUUCUUCGCACUAUUGCAGACCUUUUUUAUCUGUUGCACCUGAUAAUUAAGUUUAGGACGGCAUAUGUGGCACCAAGCUCACGGGUAUUUGGCAGGGGUGAACUUGUCAUGGACCCAAAGAAGAUUGCAAGGAGAUAUAUAAGAUCUGAUUUCUUCAUUGAUUUUAUUGCCACACUCCCUCUACCUCAGAUGGUCAUUUGGUUUAUUAUACCAGCAACAAGAACCCCUCAAACUGAUCACAAGAAUAAUGCGCUUGCAUUGAUUGUUUUGCUUCAAUAUGUUCCGAGAUUAUAUUUGAUUUUUCCAUUAAGUUCUCAAAUAAUCAAAGCAACAGGAGUGGUUACGAAGACUGCUUGGGCAGGAGCUGCAUAUAAUUUGCUGUUGUAUAUGUUAGCUAGCCAUGUUUUAGGGGCAGCUUGGUAUCUUCUAUCCGUGGACCGAUACACUACUUGUUGGAAAUCCUUUUGCAAAAAGGAACAUGAUCCUGAAAAUUGCUUUCUUUAUCUAGACUGCACUUCGUUGAAUAUUAAGCUGCGCGAGAUAUGGGCAAAUAGUACAAGUGUGUUUAGCAGCUGUGAUCCCAGUAAUGAUAAUAUUAAUUUCAAGUAUGGAAUAUUUGAAAAUGCAGUAAAGAAACAUGUUGUCUCUUCAAACUUUAUCCCAAAGUACCUUUAUUGUUUAUGGUGGGGAUUGCAACAAUUAAGUUCUUAUGGGCAGAAUCUAGAAACUAGCACGUUUAUUGGAGAAACAUCAUUUGCUAUUGUCAUUGCCAUCUUGGGUCUUGUAUUAUUUUCCCAUUUAAUUGGGAACAUGCAGACUUAUUUGCAAUCAAUUACUAUAAGGCUUGAGGAGUGGAGGCUUAAGCGAAGAGACACAGAGGAGUGGAUGAGGCAUCGCCAACUCCCUGAAGAUUUGAGAAGUCGUGUUAGACGAUUUGUUCAAUAUAAAUGGCUUGCUACUCGUGGAGUUGAUGAGGAAACCAUUCUACGUGCCUUACCUGCUGAUCUUCGCCGUGAUAUACAGCGGCAUUUGUGCUUAGACCUUGUUAGAAGAGUUCCCUUCUUCUCACAGAUGGAUGAUCAGCUUCUGGAUGCAAUAUGUGAGCGGCUGGUAUCGUCUCUGAGCACUCAAGGCACCUACAUUGUUCGUGAGGGUGACCCGGUGACUGAAAUGCUUUUUAUCAUUAGAGGUAGACUGGAUAGUUCUACUACAAAUGGCGGCCGUAGUGGUUUCUUCAACUCAAUCAUAUUGAGACCUGGAGAUUUUUGUGGGGAGGAACUUCUUUCUUGGGCUUUACUCCCCAAAUCCACCAUUAAUUUGCCUUCUUCAACUAGGACAGUUAAAGCCCUAAGUGAGGUUGAAGCUUUUGCUCUUCGGGCCGAAGACCUCAAGUUUGUUGCUAAUCAAUUUAGGCGCCUUCACAGUAAGAAGCUGCAGCACACUUUUCGAUUUUAUUCCCACCAUUGGAGGACUUGGGCAGCUUGCUUUAUACAGGCUGCUUGGCGCCGAUAUAAGAAAAGGAUGACUAUGAAAGACCUCAGUUUGAGGGAAACCAUUCCUUUAGACGAAGCAGUAGCUGGUGAGAGAAAACAUGGGGACUAUUCUGCUGGUUCAAAUUCAACUCAGACUAAAUUGAACCUUGGGGCUACAAUUCUUGCUUCGAGAUUUGCUGCUAACACACGAAGAGGGGCUCUGAAGAUGAAAGAUGACAUGCCCCAGUUACAGAAGCCUGAAGAACCUGACUUUUCCACUGAAGCUGACGAUGAUUAGUUACACUUAUUCAGUGGCAUUUGGUUUUCAAAUUCGGUUGGGUCCUGCAUUCUAUUUCAGUAUGGAUAAUGAUUCUGCAGGUCACAAAAAUCCUGCGUAACCCUCUGCCUGCCGUAUGACCCUUGCUGGUAGGGUUGUCGAUGUAUUUUAAUUAGUAAGAUACAAAGGGGGAAAUAUAAGGUUAUGCCAGGGAAUGGUGAUGGUGGGUUUUUUAUUGCUCAGUUGUGUAUACUCAUAUUUAUUGCAAUUUUCAUCAGAGUAAGUUGAUUACUAUUCUACAAAGUAUGCAUCAGACCCUAUUAGAUGGCCCCAAUCUUAUAAAAGGGUGGAAAAUGGGGGCAAUGUGAGAAUCGUUGUUUUUGUUGCAUUAUUAAUGCUACUCAGUCCUUAAAUUCGAGUUGACAUUGGAGUUCUCACGAGUGUAGCUACCGUCUUUUGUUCUAAGUUUUUCUUGUAUAAAAAGAUGGAGUUUCUAUGGGCUA